UCAGUCAACGGUACCCGUGUGGAUUUGACGUCGGUGGCUAUUGCUGAAUGUGUUUUAACCAAGCAAAUAAACUGUUUGGAACGGACUUAGAAGAUGGAGGACUUUUCUGACCCAGAGCUCUAUUCAAAGUGUCUCCUUAAGUCGGACAGCUUGCUCUGAACGUGUCUUCUCCCGACCCGCUGUUCCCACCGGGCUGCUUGCAUCUCAUUCAACUCAAAAUGGAUGGGCUGGUGAAUGCAGAUUUCAGCGCGGAUGGAGGGAAUGGAUCGAUGAAGGUGGACAGCCUCUCGAAGACAGUCAUAUUUAAAGGCCUUGCCCCCCGAGUGGUACUGUCAAACCGUCUCGUUCCCAAGGGUACCAAGUCCUUGGUGAACCUGGAGGAGCAGGGUCGACAGAAGGUGUCCUUCAGCUUCAGCCAGAUAAAGAAGCCGCUACCGCCAAUAUUCCCGGCCCCAGGGAGCCCAGACAGAAACAGCGAAGCCCAGUCCCCUCUGCCCUCUGUAUCCUCACCCUCCUCUGUAGCCUCACCCCCUCCUGUAGCCUCACCCCCUCCUGUAACCUCACCCCCUCCAGUAACCUCACCCCCUCCAGAUCAAGCAGGGCAGCCUGCUGAAAGUAAAAACGAUAAAACUGAUGCACCAAGGGUUUCCACCCCUGCACCAGAAACCGUUUCACAUCAAGCUUUCAUUUCUCCACUGCUGAGGCCUAGAGUGGACCUGGUGAAGAUGCACUUUAAGAAGCAGUUUCUUAGUGUGUCUGUCAUUGAAGAGGGUCCUAGAGCCAGUGUCUUAUCGGAGGAGGUGCCUCCAGAGAUGGAGGUCCAAGUCCAGUCUAUAUCUAGAGUUGAAACUGAGCCAUCAGUGCCCCAUGUUGAUGACCCUGGCGUUACUGUCACAGAAUCAAAAACAGUGGCAAAGCAGGAUUCCAGUUUGUCUGGACCAACUCAUUCUUCCCAUAUUGGGAAAGAGGACAAAGACUGUCCUGGUGUCACAUUGCUUAAAGAUGGUAAAAAGGGCCCAUACCAGUCUGACAGUACACUACCUGGUUCAGAAUCAGAUGGGGAUUCUGUGCGGACAUCCUCCAGCCAAAAGUCUGCAGAUCCUAAAAGUUCAGUAAAAUCCGAAAGUCAGACCAAGGAAGUUAAAAAGCUGCCUUCAGGUUCCAAGGUUGAAGAAUCGGAUACGAAAUCUAGAAAUGAGAGAAGUGAAAAGGCUCCCAGUCAUUCUAAGUCAGACCGCGAAGAUAGACGGACAUCUACGCGGUCUUCCCGCUCUGACAAGGACCGGAGGAGAACCAAGAGCCGUUCAAGAUCCAGGUCUCGGGGUCCUCGAACAAGUUCUUCCUAUUCUAGAUCAGAGCGAUCAAGAUCUGAGAGGCAGUCAAGAUCUGAUAGGUCACACUAUCAUGAGUCUGAUCGGAGAUCACAUCGGAGCUCCCCCCAUAAAGAGUCCCGAAGUUCACGCUCUCGAGCUGGCCGCAGAUCUAGAGACAGCUCAGACUCUGAGGAUGAUCAUCGGAGAACACGUACUCGCGGCAGUGACACCAGCAGAACAUCCACCCGCUCUAGCUCUCAGAAAGACCCAAAGUCAUCUUAUUCGAAAUCGCACAAAGAUUCGAAGUCUGGAGAGUUGUCUCGUUUGUCAGAGUUGGACAAAAAAGCUCAAUAUUCCAAAUCUGAGAGGUCCAGCGGAAGAACAUAUGACUCUGAAAACAGCAAGAGACAUUCCCCGGAUUCGGAAUCUGUUUCAAGGAAAUCUGGUACACACUCCAAAACUGAAAGCAGCUCCAAACUGUUUAAUUCGAGUCCAUCGUCAUCAACUCGUUCUUCUGAAAAGAAAGCACGAAAAAGUAGUGGGAGUUCUGAUUCUGAUGAAGAACAUAAACGCAAGUCACAGUCGCAAGGUUCAGACAGAUCUUCAGGCUCAUGGAGCUCUUCUUCUAAAAAAACAGAUAAACACGACUCCAUAUCCUCGCCUAGCGUGACUGCAUCAGUGAUCAGACCAUCAGCUGAUAAAUUGAGCAGUCCAUCCAGGCAGCCAGCUCUGCUGAGCCCAGACCACGAAGUUGAAAAGAUGGAAGUGGGUUCUAGACAAUCUGAAGCUAGCCUGAAGUCAGACAGUUCAGAAGGAGGUCAGAAAGUUUCACGGGUGCUUAACUUAAAAGAUGAUUUAAAUGAUUCCUCUAUUCACAUUGCAAACAGCAGCCCAUCAAAAUGUCAGAGUUCUCAAAAUGUAGUCUCUCUUCAAAAUCAACUGAGUCCUUUAUUAAACAAUGCAGAGAAGGUGUCAUGUGAGGAAGUAGAUAGCACAGUUAAACAGAUGAAUGAUGGUCACGAUGCCAAAGGUUGCUCCACAAAUAAUCGAAUUGAUACAUCGAAUCAUGGUGAAGUCAAAGAAAGCACCUCUUCAUUAUUGGAAAAGCAGGUAAACGUAGCAUAUUUAAAUUCUGUCAGUGAAAAUAAUGAUUUAUUACUAAGGGUGAAUAAGGUAGUUGGUCCAGAUAAUAGUAUUUGCCAAAAUUUAGACAGUUCAAAAGUAAACAUGUUUUCUGUGAAAAAAUCACCAUGUUCAGAAUCCUUAACACAAGACACUAAGUCUGAUGACCAUAUUCAUUCCAGUGUGGACGUUAACCCCAUGCCACUGUGCACAGAUAUCACUUCUUGUGUAGAUCCCUUAUCUAAGGGUCAGGAUACCAAGAAGCUUAUUGUUAAAGAGGACCAGCCAGGACCUGUGCCCUUGAAGAAACCUGGUAAUGUGAAAAAAUCACGCUGGGAUAUUGUUGGUCAAGACACCCCAGAAUGUGAAAUUCCUCAGAAAAUAGUUAGUCAGGACGCUAAGCCCCCUGUGAAGAAGGUUGUUUCGGUGAAGAGAAUAGAGUUUAACAAGGACGAUACUCUGGAAGAUCCAUGCAAUAGGAAAGAUUCUUUUUUGAAAAAGAACACUGAGGUAGAUUGUAAAACUUUCUUGGAUGGUCAGAAAGUAGAGAGGUUGCAUACAGGAUCUUUAGAGAUGGAGUCAUUAAAAAGGCAGACAAACUUCACACUUCACACAGAACCCUGCAAAGUUAGGAGUAACCAUCUAGAGAGUAAGUGUACAACUGAGCAGGAGACGGUUGAAAAUCAUACUUCUGGUACAAAUAGUGAUGCACAGGCGCAGGCAAAUGUUUGUGCUGGGAAUUUGCAAAAUGACCGGCCGAAAACCAAACUGUCCAAAGCGUUAAAUGAAGACGGAAGAGGCCACAGUGAGGACAGCGACUCUGAUGAUUCUGAGUCUGAUUCAGAUGAUGGGACUGUGCCUUUGAAACGACUGAGCUCUGUUGUGGUUGUGCCGAAGAAUUCCACCCUGACAUUAGAAACAAAGGACACUCCUGCAUUUUCCUCCACUUCCGGUAGUGCCUCUGGGCAACAGCAGAUGUUUUGCCCAACAGCUGAUGCAGGUAAAGAAAGUGGUCACCUGAGGCAUAAAGCAACUCCCAGUGUGGCCUUUGAGAAUAGUAACCACUGGAUGAUUCCUCAUCAACCUGCACAGGUUCCUGCAGGCUACCAGUCACAGAGCAACAUGGUAGACAGUACAAGCCAGUUCGAUGCUCCCAAUGCCCUGUCUCACUUUGAAAACAACAGCACUAACCAUGAAGGGGUAAAAAUCAACAACGUUUCAAGCCACGUUGGGUUCUCCCAGCCGACAGAUCUUCUUGGGGGCGCUGGCCAAAGUUGCUCAAACUUUGAGAAACCAGACAGUUGGCACAGUAAUAGGACUAGCAGGAAUAUAGCUAACUACAUACCUGGACACUUACGCAACUCAAAUGACCUGAACACCAAGGAAAAUUUUAGUCCGGUGUAUGGUCAGCAUGAACUGCCCAGCAGCACAUACCAGCAGCCUGACAGCAGCCAUGGAGCUCUGUCUCAGAACUUUUUACAGCAAGGGCAUUUUGCCCCUUCCCAGCUCAUCAGGCAAGGCCUUGAUUAUUGGUCACAGCCCUUGGAUUCUCAUGCUGUAAGAGUGGCCCAUUUACAUGUGCCUUCCCACCGUCAAGACCCUUUAGGACAGAUCCAUCCAGAUUCUCUCACCAAUGAUCAUGAAGAGGAGGCUGUGUUCAGAGCAAGAAGAGCCAGGGAGUCCAUUGAACUACCUGCCCCAUCUGGUUUUGUACAAGCCAAUGAGAUUAGCAGCAAUUGCAAAGGUUUUGCCAGUACCAUUCAAGAGGGAGCUGUUGGAUCCCAUGUCUCUAAGGAGGAACCCCUUAGGGUCCACAGAGGAAGAGGGCCACCCAAGAAAAGACGUCAAGAACUUGAGUCUGAUUCGGACAAUGAGGCCGAGGUGGUGUUGGCCAGCAAAAGAGAAUGUUUGGAGUCUGACCUCAAGGAUGCCACAGCCCACAAUAAAGAACAGAGGCCACUGCUCAGUCUAAAAGAUUUCUUUGACCCUGGACAUUGGAAAGACAAAGCUAAAAGUAAGAAGAUGCCACCAUACUUUGACCUCAUUGAAGAAAACCUUUAUCUUACAGAGCGCAAGAAGAACAAAUCCCAUCGGGAUAUUAAACGUAUGCAGUGUGAGUGUUCACUCCUGUCAAAAGAGGAGAAGGCCCGAGGGAUGAUUGCUUGUGGAGAGGACUGUCUGAAUCGCCUCCUGAUGAUUGAAUGCUCUUCACGGUGUCCAAAUGGAGUGUACUGCUCUAAUCGACGUUUCCAGAGGAAGCAUCAUGCAGACUUUGAAGUUAUUCUAACUGAGAACAAAGGCUGGGGCCUGCGUGCUGCCAGGGACCUGCCAGCAAACACUUUUGUGCUGGAGUACUGCGGUGAGGUCCUGGACCACAAGGAGUUCAAGGCGAGGGUGAAGGAAUAUGCACGCUGCAAAAACAUCCACUAUUAUUUUAUGGCCCUGAAAAAUAAUGAGAUCAUUGAUGCUACUCUGAAAGGGAACUGUUCACGUUUCAUGAACCACAGCUGUGAACCCAAUUGUGAGACACAAAAGUGGACUGUUAAUGGGCAGCUCCGAGUGGGUUUCUUCACCACCAAGGCGGUGUCUGGUGGGACAGAACUCACGUUUGAUUACCAGUUCCAGAGAUACGGAAAAGAGGCACAGAAGUGCCUGUGUGGUGCGCCCAGCUGCCGCGGGUUCCUGGGCGGUGAGCAGCGGGUCAGCAUCCGGGCUGCAGGGGGCAAGAAGCAGCGGGAGCGCAGCAGAAAGGCCGCACCAACCACAGUGGAUGAGGAGCUGGAGGCCCUGCUGGAGAACGGGGAUGGACUGCAGGAUGAGAAGGAGGUGGUGUCUCUGUGCCGACUCAUGGUGAGGGUGGAAACCAUGGAGCAGAGACUCACUUGCCUCAAGCUCAUUCAGAAUACACAAAAUCCAUCAUGCCUGAAGCAGUUUUUGGAUCAUCAUGGCCUCUCAUUGCUAUGGAUAUUCAUGGUUGAGCUUUCAGAGGCAAAAGGCAAUUCGAUUAACAAUGUUAAACUGCAGCUGGAGAUCAUGAAUGCGUUGGCUGUGCUGCCAAUCUCCACCAAGAACAUGCUGGAGGAGAGCCGCGUGUUGCAGUUCAUCCAGCGCUGGGCUCAGAGCCGACCCCAGGUGUUGCCCUCGGAGCAGGACGGCUACUCCAGCGAGAGCACGUCCCGUGCCCAGACGCCCCUGAACACGCCCGACGGCUCGUCAUCUUGUGCCAAACUGGGCCCCGAGCUGGACACCGACACGCCCAAACGCACCGUCUACCGCCGCCUCAAGAUAGUUAGCGAGAACAGCCUCGACAGCGCCAUGUCAGACGCCAGCAAGGCCUCGGACUGCAAGGAGGAAGAGGAUGAAGAGGACGAUGAGGAGGAGGAAGAGGAAGAGGUGUCCCAGGUGGAGGCGGGAGAAGGUAGAGUUCCCCCGGCUAACGAGAGUGGCCCUGAGGUGGCUGACAGCACGGCAGUGAAGGGGAGUGCAAAAGGAGAGGAGGAACAGGCAGGUGAUAUCAAAGGAGAGGAAGAGGAGCAGCAGGAGUCCAGUGGCACAAGAAAGGCGGAGGAGCUCAUGCAUACAGAGACUGCUGAUUCACCAGACCCUAGUCAGAUGGACGUCACAACUCCGCUAGAAGCCUUGCCUCCUGCCGCUGAUGGCCAUACGGAGAAAGUAGGAGAGCCCUCCAGUGAGACACCGACCAUCCAUCAGGAGACCUCUGUGGAGAGUGCUGGGUCCACUCCAGCUCCCUCGGAGAACACCCCCACUGAUGAGACUACAACCUCAGUGGAGGCCGCACCUACAGAGCAUCCUGUUGCCGUGGGUGACGAGCCACCUUCAGAUGCUACAGGUGAAGAUGAUGCUGCUGGGAUGCCUGGUGAGAUCAAGCCUGCUGCUUCGGCAACCGUUGCCACAGGCACGGCACCAUCUGCCCCAGACAACUCGUCUAUGGAAACGACAGCUCCUAUGGAAACGGCAGCUGCUAUGGAAACGUCCACUGUGCCGGCUGACCUGGUGGGUGUUGGAACAUCAUCACAGGACGAGGAAGAAGGCGUGUCAGAUGUGGAGAGUGAGAAGAGUCAGGAGCCGUCAGUCAAGACGGCUGACAUCAGUGAAAUGGCUGCAAGAUUAUUGGACAGCUGGAAAGACCUGAAGGAAGUGUACAGGAUCCCCAAGAAGAGCCAGGUGGAGAAAGAGACCAGUGACCGUAGUCGAGAUCGAGACGUGCAGCUGACCCCACGCACCCCCUCAGGCAGCCGGGAACGAGAGCGGGAGAAAGACAGGGAGCGUGAGCGGGAUUGGGAACGAGAACGAGACCGGGACCGGGAACGAGACCGGGACCGGGAUGGAGAGCGAGGGGUCCGCAGUGCAGAGCGCCGCCGUAGACGCGCCUCCCCUUCCCCCCCACCCCAGUCGACCUAUGACCGGAGUCGGCGUGGUGACGAGAGGUUUGAGGCAGCCAACAGCAGUAAGAAGAAGGGUCGCACGAAAGAGCGCAACAAGCUGUCCACGGAGGAACGCCGCAAGCUAUUUGAACAGGAGGUGGCUCAGCGCGAGGCCCAGAAACAACAGCAACAACAGCAGCAGCAGCAACAACAGCAGCAGCAGCAGCAGCAACAACAACAGCAGCAACAACAACAACAGCAGCAGCAGCAACAACAACAACAACAGCAGCAGCAACAGCAGCAGCAGCAGCAGCAGCAGAUCCAGACUCAAGCUUUUGACCCGAUGGCCUUCUGCUCUAGCCCUGGUUACAUACACUACCCGCCUGGCUACCCCCUUCAGACCUAUGUGGACCCCACCAACCCCAACGCUGGCAAGGUGCUGCUGCCCACCCCGCCCAUCGAGCCCCUGUGCACGGGGGCCGGCGCAACCUCCCCCACGAGUGGCAUGCUUUUUGAGCAGGCGCCAUCUCAGCCGCUGCUGUCAGAGCUGCAGCCCUCCGCCGGCAUCCAGCAGGCAGUUGUGCCCACCGCAGGGGGUCUGCCCACCCACAUCGCUUCCCAGAUGGAGCUGCAGGCCGCGGCCGUGGCCGUUCCCCCACAGUACGCUCAGCCCAACGGCCCAGCUCCUCAGGACCCCGCGGGCGUCGCAGUUCUGGCGAUGCCCGCCCAGGUACCCGGCCCUCAAGGUCAGCAGGGCUACGCCAACCUGUGGGACCCGGUGGGCUUGCAGCAGCAGGCAGUGACGUUGCAAACGCAGCCGCCACCCUCGGCUCCGCCGCCGCAGCAGCCUCAGCCGUACCCCACCGCAGCACAGCCACAGGCUGCCACCAUAUACUACCAAGGCCAACCCUGCCAGACUAUCUACAGCCUCCCUGCUCCCUACCCUCCCACCAGCACUCCACUGAUUCAGGCGUAUACGGAGUCCGCUGGCUACCUGCACAGUCAGCAGGUGUACUCAGCCCACCAGCAGGGCCUGGUGGUGCAGCAGGGCGGAACGGUCACCACCAUAGUCACCUCCCAGCCAGUUCAGCAGGAGAUGAUUGUACCCAAUGGGAUCAUGGAUCUUCCCCCUCCUUCACCACCCAAACCCAAGACUAUCGUGUUGCCGCCCAGCUGGAAGGUUGCCCGGGAUGGGGAGGGCAAAAUCUACUACUACCACAUCAUCACCAGACAAACCCAAUGGGAUCCACCAUGUUGGGAUGUUGGCAGUGAUGAUGCCAGUGUGGGCAAUGAAGCAGAGAUGGACCUCGGCACGCCAACAUACGAUGAAAACCCAUCCAAGUUCUCCACUAAAACAGCGGAGGCAGACACUUCCAGCGAGCUCGCCAAGAAAAGCAAGGAGGUCUUCCGCAAAGAGAUGUCCCAGUUCAUUGUGCAAUGUCUGAACCCCUACCGCAAGCCAGACUGCAAGCUGGGCCGCAUUAGCAACACAGAGGACUUCAAACACCUGGCCAGGAAGCUGACUCACGGUGUGAUGAACAAGGAACUGAAGUCGUGCAAGAACCCCGAGGACCUGGAGUGCAACGAGAACGUCAAACACAAGACCAAGGAGUACAUCAAGAAGUACAUGCAGAAGUUUGGCGCCGUCUACCGCCCCAAAGAGGACACCGGCGAGGUGGAAUAACGGAAGACCCCUCUCAUCACGUUAACUUCACACACACAAAAAAAAAGAAAGAAAGAAAGAAAAACGAACACUUCGCUGGGCCACUCUCGUCUCACACGCCAAACACCGCAGGCAGGCAGGGAGGGAGGGAAGAGACUGAGGGGAGCAGAAGGAGGCCAGGACGGAGGUCAAACGGGGCGUUUCUCCUCCUGCACACUCCUCCCCCUCCAGCCUGUCUGUCCUGUCAGAUGUGUGCCGUAUGAAGGAGAGGCGGGUGGCUCCACCACUGCGCUGAUUCUCUCCCGAGAGGACUCUGGCCACAUGUGCUCGUUCGCCGGCCAUCGUCAGUGGGGGGACAAGUGAAGGCUUACUGAAGAAAACAAAAAAAAGAAGAGAAAAAAAACAAACUGAUGUGCUAAUCAUGGCACACAGGGGUGCUAAUAUGCUUUUUCUUCCCCAUCAUGGAUGGUUUUUACUCUGAUUUUCUUUCGUUUUUUUUUUCCUUCUGUAUCCUGCAGUAUGUCCUUUGGAGCUCUCCUCCAUCAGCCCCUCCAGUUUUAACUGCUGUCUUCUUGCUCUGACUCCUUCUCUCUCCUCAUCCUCUUCUCUUGUUCCUUUUUAAAUGGUUGUCAGGCCUGCAGUAAUGACUGCUUUUUAAACAUGAUCUAGAGAGGAGAGAAAAGAAAUAAACAGAAAUGGGAACGAACAGAAGAAUGGAAAUGGACUACCCCACCCUUCCACGCUCCCCCCUCCAUGUUCUCUUUCCACUGGAGUGUUUUUCCACCACCACCACACCUCCCCCUGAGUUCCCAGCCAUUGAGUUUUUAUGGUUCUUUUUUCUGGUGCUUCUCUUGGCUGGGUUUUUUCAUGGGGGGUGGGAGGGUGUCAGAGUGAGGCAAGUAUCCUAUGUAGGUUCUGCUGUGAAACCACAUGGGGUGAGACAGGCUGAGGGCAUCCAGGGUCAUGCUGGUGCCCCCCACCACACACUCCCUCCCUCCCGUCUGAAGCAUGGGUAAACCACAGGUGGUCAUGACUCACCUCCCAGGGCAUGUUCUCCCUCCACGGCUCUGACCGUCAGGAUUCCUUGUCUUGCUGUUUUUAUGUCCUCGCCUGUCGCUGGUCUCCCAGACCUGCAGUGGUUUUCCCCGCAAAGGCCAGCUGACUCACCCAGGGUAGGAAUGGGAUUCUUUUAAUGGCUUUUAUUCAGCAGGCAGCAUUGUGCCCAUGGUGAGUGGUGGUAACGGCUGUCCCUGUCCUCUCCUGAUCGCGCUAUGCCAUCCCAUCCCCUUCUCUCUUUCUCUCUCUCUCUUUCUCUCUGGAGGUUGGGCAUGUAGCAUUGUUCUUUUCUUUUAAAAAAAAAAAAAAAAAAAGGAAAAAAAAAACUGUCCAAGCUCUUGCCAUUUUUACAUUGAAUGAGUGGUUUAUCUGUUUUUAAUGUCUUUGCAAUUCCUUGGAGAAGAAUCCUAGAGGAUCGACUGCUGACUUACCUUACAUGUCACACUUGAAAACUGCGCGCGCGCACACACACACACACACACACACACACACAAACACCAUGCUGCAAACGCACUGGGCACACACCCCCAGGGCUUCCAGUUACUGGACUGGUGUGCUUGCAUCAUUCACGGCUAGCUCUGUCCCCACCUCCAAUAAUUGCAUUUAAGUCCAUUUCAAAUCCAUGUAUUAUAUUGCUUUAUAUGUGAAUAUAUUGAGAAAUAGUUUUUGAGAAGCAUUUAAAUAAGCAAAUACUUUGUAAAAGGACUGUUAAUCCACAAUUUAAACAUGUAAAUAGCUGUAAGUAUUCCCAAACCAGGAAGCAAGGGGAGUGGGGACAGAGACGACCUCUGGAAUCUCUUCUCAUGAGUUCGAUCAACAUGAUUCCAAUGAGCUUUUUUUUCUCUGUUAGUGGGGUUUUGUUUUAUUUUACUUUAAUUGUUUUUUUUUUUCCUUUGGGUUUGAAGGAGGGCUGUGCAUUUAUGUUAUGUUCUCAUGGGUUUUUUAAUGUACAGUCCAACCCUCUCUACUUGUAAGUAUUGUGCAACCACAUUGUCAUACUGAGUGUAAAAACGUUUUAAAUUCAAAUAAAUUGUUUUAUUAAAAAAAAAAAAAAAAAAAAAAAA